AUGAAUGCCACUUUCUUCAUCUCUCUUCUCCUCUCCCUUGGCGUCACAGCCAUGCCAGAGGCCGACACUGUCACCAUCAAGGAGGGUGAAUUCACCUACACCGGUAUCGACAAGCCUCUCCUCGCCCUCCGUGGCCUCGAGGCUCGCUGCAGCUGCUUCCCCUGCUACUCUCCCCACGCUGACUGCAGCCCCGGAAAGUGCCAGUGUGCUGGAAACUACGGCUGCUGGUCUUGCGGUGGUGGCCGCAUGCAGUGCCAGCCCGGCCCUGGCUCUGGACAGUGCUGGACCUAG